UCCCUCUGCUUGGAUCCAGUAGCACCUUUGGCCUCCCAGGAAAAAGCACCUCCUGAGUGUCCGUCUGCCUGGAAGAGGCCUGGGAAGAGGCAAAGAUCCGAUCUCCUCUCCCAGGUACUGGGCACGCCACAUGGGGGAAUGGGAAGUAGUGUGCUGUGGGGUGUUUUCUCCCCCCAGGGAAAUUCUGGGGCUGCCUCUGAUGUUUGGGAAAUGUUGGGUCUAUUGGGGUGGGCAUUUAUGUAUUUAUUUCGGAGAGCAGAGACCCACAGGCAAGGACGGAACAGGAUCCAGCCCACAUUCGAUUCCUCCUUUAAGAAAUCCACGCCAAACUUCCAGACUGUUGCUGUUUCCACGCAGGAUUCAAGCUCAUCCCAGCAAAUUCAGGUGGAGGGAUUCUAGGGCGGUUUGGGGACGGGUGGGGUUCUUGCACAACCAUUUCACUUCCCUGGAAAGAUUGGACUGUUUUUGCAAGGAGGAAGGAAAGGGAUCGGGCGUGACAGGCUGGGAAGGGUGCGAUAACUCUGCUGGGAUAGUGCUGUCGUCGGCAGUGCAGGGGACACUUCACCUCGGGGUCACGGGUUCGAGCCCCAUGUUGGGCCGAAAGUUCCUGCAUUUUAGGGGGUUGGGCUAGAUGACCCCCCUUCCAACUCCACAAUUCUGUGGCAGCACCUAACCUUUGGAACUCCCUGCCUGUUGAUACCUUUUCACCAUCCUCUUUUUGGCUAAGCCUGCUAAAACUACUUUUCUUCAGACAAGACUACCCAGCUGUUUAGAAAGUUGAGGCAAGUCUGAAUCUCUUUUCAGUCUACUGUUAUUUUAACUUUACGAAAGCUUUAAAUUAUUGUUGUUGCUGUUAAUUUUUCUGAUUUAUAAUGCUAUUGGUUUUUUCCAGUAUUUUUAAAAUAAUCUUUGUAUUUGAUUUUCAAAUAUAUAUGAAUAAAUGUACAUACAUACAUCAAAAAGCAGUACAAAAUCCAAAUAUCGAGAUUACUCUGAAUCUCCUGACUCCCCCCCCCUUCCAUUCCCUCCAUCGGUCCUUUUGAUUCUAUUUUCAACUGCUUAUCAAUACUUCUCCAAUUUUUCAUCUUCCUAAGUUAUCUAUACAUUCUGUUACAUUACAAGUGUAUUUAAAAUCCUGUUAAUGUUUUGACCUGUUUACAAUUAUUUUGUAUAUACAUUAUAAACAUUUCCCAUUCUUUUAAAAAAAUUUCUUGUCUUCUUGAUUCCCAGUUAAUUUUGCCAUUUCGGCACUGUCCAUCAACUUGAUGUUAUCGUUUUAGCUCUUUUGUAAACUGCUCUGAGGGUCCCCCCCCCAAUAAACUGAUAGGUAACUAUUAAGAAAUAAAUAAGUAACUCUUGUUUUGCUGCAACGUCCCCACAAGCAAAUCAGGAUGAAUUGCUCAAUAAGCUGGUGAUUAGAGCCCUGAGCCAGAAUGUGGACCUCUUGUUCUGCCAUUGAGCCCCCAAAAGAAAUAUUCUAGUCAUCGUGUUUCUGCAUAAUGGUCACUUUCCCCCAAAAAAGAAAUAGGAAGCUGCCCCAGAGUGAGUCAGAGUGUUGGGUCUGUCUAGCCCCAUAUUGUUCGCACUGACUGGCAGAAGCUCUCCAGGGUUUCAGGCAGCUGUGCAGACUUGGAGAUGUGGAGCCUUCUGCAUGCAAAGCAGAUACUCCUAGCAAGAAAUAUUCUAGUCCUCGUGAAGGUCAGUUCCAUCCCUUUAUUGUUAGACUUCCCUGGGCGGGGAUCGUUUUAUUCUGUUGUAUUUUGUAUUAAUCUUGUUUUUUAAGUUGUAUUUCAAUCAAUUGUUUUAUAUCUGGUGUUAGCCGCCCUGAGCCCGGUCUUGGCUGGGGAGGGUGGGGUAUAAAUAAAAUUAUUAUUAUUAUUAUUAUUAUUAUUAUUAUUAUUAUUGACUUACUGAGAUGCCCUCAGCGAUGCUUAAAUGUGCAUUUGCAGCCGUUAGAGGGAACUGCGAAGCCUUUUCGACACAUGGUUUAACUCUGGAAAGGCAGUUCACAAGGAAAUGUGGAAGAGUCUGCUCCAAUUGGUGCAAGAUUCCUGGUGACUCUCGAGGAACCUUGCGAUAGAAAGCAUCUCUUUGCAUGUAUUCUUCUCCAGCCCCCAACCCACCCACCUUCCGUUACAGCUUCUCCUCCAUCUGCUGACCCUAACCACGUCUCCAUGGAUCUGAAACACGUCCCUGACCCACGAGAGCAGGGCUGGUAUUUGGGGCUGAUGGCCCCCAACGUCAAAGGCCCCAGCUUCGCCUGGCUGGACCCCUCCCGCCUCUACUGCCACCCCCAGGUAUCUGAUGGACCGCAGGAUAGCUCAGUCAGUAGAGCAGGAGACUCUUAAUCUCAGGGUUGCAGGUUUGAGCCCCGCAUUGUGCUGUGGGGUUGGACUAGAUGACCCACAGGUCCCUUUCCAACUCUACAGAUUCUGUGAUAAGGAGUUGAGGCGGUGCAUUACAGUGGGGAGUGGGAGUGAAUGGACAGAAGUAGCUUUUUGUAAGGUGAGAGCCUGGUGUGGAACCGGGCUUUUCUCAGGUGGGAGAUAGGAGAAGAUAAGAGGCAGUGCGGUGUAGUGGUUAGAGCGUUAUCCUGGGACGGACCAGGGGUCAAAUCCCCACUCAGCCAUGAAACUCUCCCUGGGUGUGACCCUCAGCCUAACCUACCUCACAGGGCUGUGCUGUUGUCAGGGCCGGGUUAACCAUUAAACAAAAUAAGCCUGUGCUUAGGGCAGGGGUAGGCAAACUAAGGCCUGGGGGCUGGAUCUGGCCCAAUCACCUUCUCAAUCCGGCCUGCAGACGGUCCAGGAAUCAGCAUGUUUUUACAUGAGUAGAAAGUGCCCUUUUAUUUAAAAUGCAUCUCUGGGUUAUUUGUGGGGCAUAGGAAUUCGUUCAUUAUUCUUUUUUCCAAAAUAUAGUCCGGCCCCCCACAAGGUCUGAGGGACAGUGGACCAGCCCACGGCUGAAAAAGGUUGCUGGCCCCUGGCUUAGGGCAUCAAGGGAAAGCAGGCAGUGGAGAAAUUCCCAUUGCUAGAUUUACCAUGGAGCUGCUGGGGAAAAAAGGCUCCCAGAAUAAAUGAAAAAAUUACAUACACACAUUAACAACAACAAAAUAGUACCGUAAAAGUAGAGAUGUCCUGCCAUCUUUAUUUAUUUAUUAAAUUCAUAUUACACGUUAGUUACCGUACAAUUUCAGCACUGUACAUAACAUAUAUUAAAUAUACGGAUUCCCCACAUCUAACCCUGUACCCCAUUCACCUUUUAUCCAAAUAUCCAUGUGAUUUCCCUCACCCACUUGCACGAUGUCCUUCUCGCUACAUUAAAACUCUGUUGUUGUGUUCAUAUUUAUUCAUCACAUUAAUCAAUCCUCUGUUCUAGAAUCAUUGCAUCUUAGCUUAAUGAACUCAAUCAGUACUUAUCCAAAGAUUUACACUACCAUUCCUUUCUUAAUUCUUGUUUUGAUCGCAUUCUAACUGACGCUGUCAUCUUGGCUUGUUCAAUAUAUUCGCAGAAUUUAAUUUGCCACUCUGACAUUGAGGGAGUCUCCUCGCUCUUCCAGUUUUUGGCCACAAGUACUCUUGCGGCCGCUGUUGCGUAUAAAAAGACUCCGACCUCAUCUUUAGGGAUAUAGUAAUAAUAGAGAUUAAUGAUACACAUUGAUAUUGGGAAUACACAGAAUUACAAUGGCAGCUGGAAGCUUCCAUUAGAAGGGAAGCCUUGUGACCUCCUUGACUCUUCCCCAGUCACUCUCCUUUCCUCUCUGAUCUCGCCAGGCCUUGCAGGACUGCGUGGAAGAUCUCCUGCAAACCUUUCAGGGCGACCCCAUCGACCUGGUUGCCGGCAUUGACGCAAUGGGCUUCAUCCUAGGUGAGUCGGGGGCUCGGCUUGGCCGGAGAGCAAAGAGCAACGCAGAAGCGAUCCAAGGGAUAGAGAUGCAGUGGAGAGUUCAGCUGUGGAACUCCCUGCCACAGGGAUGGCCACUGACCUGGAUUGCUUUAAAAGUGCAUUGGGCAAAGCCACGGAGGAGGAGGAGAGGCUCCUAUCGAUGGCUCCUAGCCGCAAUGGCUGCGCUCUGCCUCCACAGUCAAAGGGAAUAAUGCUUCUGAAAAUCAGUUGCUGGAAACUACAGGAGGAGAGAGGACUCCUGGAACCAAUAACUAACUUAGUUGGUCUCUAAGGUGCUACUGGAAGGAAUUUUUAAAUUUUAUUAUUUCAUUUUGCAUUCUCAAUAUGAUGGCAAAGGACGCUGGAAUAUUUUCCAAGCAGGGUUGAAUCCUGGGGAUAAGUUUGGUGAAAACAAAAUGAAUCGAUUUGGGGCUGGGGUUAGGGAGGGCAUGGCGUGGCAACUCACGAUUCAUGGGGGCACCCCUUUGCCCUUCUCAUCUCGCCCUCAGGCGCUGCCAUCGCCCACACCCUCCAGAAGGGCUUUUUGGCCAUACGCAAAGCUGGGCACCUGUGCGUGAAAACUCUCUCGAAGCCUUACAAGGACUACCAGGCUCGUGAGAAGGUGAUGGAGAUGCGGGCUGACGCCAUCUCGCCAGGUGAGCAGAGAUAAUAAUAAUAAUUUUAUUAUUUAUAUCCCCACCCAUCUGGCUGGGUUUCCCCAGUCACUCUGGGCGGCUUCCAGUACAUAUAAAAACAUAAUUCAACGUCAAACAUUUAAAACUUCCUGAAAUAAUAAGAAUAAGAAUUUCCCCUUGUUCAGUUCUCCCUCCCCAAAGGAACUGAUGUCUACACACGCAGAGACAGGGUCAGGGCUGGGUACCCAUCACCACUAACCAUUGAGCUUUCUGGCCACUGGAAUUGACAGGAGCGGGGGUCCAUCUACGCCCUCCUCCAUCAGAGGCAGUAAAUGCCUUUGCGGGCGCAGGAGGGAAGAGUUUUGCAGUUGCCCUGAGUUCCUGCCUGUGGGCAGGAUCUUCUGCUGCACUUAUAAAUACAAAUUAAUGGAGGUGAAUGCUAAAAAUGGCUAAUAAGUAGGUUUUAUCUCCCCUGUCAGAGGCGGAAACCCCUCUGGAUACCAGUUGCUAGAAACUGCAGGUUGGCCCCUGUGAGAACAGGAGGCUGGACUGAUCCAUCCGGAUUCUUCUUAUGGAGGUCUAUUGUGAUUGCAGAACCUCCAUGUCUAGCAGCAGUCUACCUGUGAAUACAGGCACUGGAGAACUGUGCUCAGGACCAGCUUGUGGGCUUCCCAUUGGGCAGGGUUGCCAUAUUUCUAGAAGUAAAAACUCAGGAUGCAAAAGAUGUUUUUUCAGCAAACGCAAAGUAUCGGAGCUUUUUCUGGGAAAUGAAACUCAAAAGUUGUUGGCAAUCAACCUCAAAAUCCCGGAUGUUUUGCCGGUUUCCCAAAAUUUCCCCAAGAUGCUCUUUUUGCCAUGUGGCAACCCUACGCUUGGGCCCCCUUGGGCCUGAUCCAGCACUGAGGUUUCCUAGCUAUUGCUCCAGAUCCACAUAUAUUUUUUUAACCUCUCAGGUAAGGAACGGGGUGGGGCGGAACUUGGCACACUAACCCCACCUUGCCCUCUGCCCCCUUUCUGACCAGGCCUUCGCAUCUUGCUGGUGGACCAGUGGGUCGAGACCGGGGGGACGAUGCGGAGUGCCAUCCGCCUGGUGGAGGAACAAGGCGGCCUAGUGGCAGGUGGGUCGGUGAGCAGGCGGCCGGGCUCGGCCCCCUUGGCAUUCCUAGCAGCGAUAGAGGUUGGUGGAGCCUCCAGCUGCAGGAGCAGUCUACCCUGGCUCUGAAGCUGUCGGUGAUCGCUGCCUUUCCCCCAACCUUGCCUGCAGGCAUCGCCGCCAUCUGCGUGGAGGACAGCGAGGGCGGGCUCUGGCUGAAAGACCACUACAAGUGGGCGCAUUGUGUGCCCCCCAAACUGAUGCCCCAGUUCAACGCUCACCAGCUGGACUCCUUCCAGGCCUUCAACCCCAACCAAGGACCGCAGUAGGGAGGAAGGCGCACAGGUAUAUGCACGGCCCCCAAGGCGUCCCGCAGAGGCCCGUGGCGUCCCAAUAGUGGCAAACUCCGCCUGCUUCCCGGGCCAUUAACCUCCGGGAUCUUGCAAGCUCAUAACUCCAGACCAGUUUGGGAAUCUUGCCUGCGUGCCUUCCAGCUUAUCUGGCACUCCAUCAGAAAAAAUGUUCCUUCUCCGUGUUCUUCUGCCCCAGUGUAGUUAAUAAACCACCCGCUGAAUCGGUGAAACUUAGAAUCCGAGUUCGGAGGGACCCCAAGGGUCAUCCAUCCCAACCCACUGUAAUCGCGGCUAAACUUUGAUAGCGUUGAUGUACGAAGUGCUCCACGUUGCAUUAAAAAAACAAACACUGAGGUCUUGGGUGGAGGACCUGAGGUGCAGAGAGGAGAGGGGAAUGUUGUGGGGAGAGGAGGGUGUUAUGGAAUUGUAGCGCUGGAAGGGACACCAAGGGUCAUCUAGUCCAACCCCCUGCAUGGUCCUGGGGCCACACAGAGAUGCCUGGAGGACCACAGUUCUCCCUCCUAGCAGCGAAACAUGAAAUUAAGUAUUGGACAAUAUGGUGGGGUUGUGCCCAGCCAAGUUCUACCCAAAGACACACUGGACCUAAGUUAGUCACACCUGUUCUCGUUGGAAGGUUCAGGAGUGGUUCAGCCCUUUCACACAGCACAGGGUUAGACUGUGGAACUCCCUGCCACAGGAGGCAGGCAUGGCCACCAAACUAGAUGGCUUCCAAAGAAGAUUGGACAAAUUCAUGGAGGAGGAGAGGGCUUUCGAUGGCUACUGGAGGCAGCAAUUCUUCUGAAACCAGGGGAGGGGAGAGUGCUGCUCUUGGGUUCGAAUCUCGCUUGUUGGUUUCCCUUUGAGGCAUCUGGUUGGCCACUGUGGGAACAGGAUGCUGGGCUAGAUGGGCCCCUGGCCUGAUCCAGUGGACUCCACUGACGUCCCUAAGGAACCUCCAGGUUCAGAGGUAGUCUAUCUUGAUUGGUAGGUUCCUAGGGGGCAUUUGGCUGCUGUGAGACUCCAUCACAUUCCUUGGGGCCCAAGCACUCUUUGCCCCAGGGCCUGCCCUUGGCCCCCAGGAAGUCCCCCACAAGGAAAUGUGCCCCCCAGGCUGAAAUGACACCCCGCUGCUGGCCAACCCCAUCAACGCACAUUCAAGGCAACAGUUAGAAAAAGCACAACAUUUCAACUUUUAUUAUGACCGAAUGCGAUUCGUACCGAGAGACCAGAGGUGCGUUGGUUAAUGAUUGCUGUCUGAAAUAGGGUUUUUUGGGGGGGGGGGACAAGGGGGUCUUUGUGCCCAAUGGGGUGGGACAUGUCUCAUGACACCAGAACCAGGGCACUAUCUUACAUGUCCUGGCACAGGAAUUGAUGUCACCAACAGGAAACGGUUGUGGCGAAGGAACCCAUGGAAUGUAGAAAUGAAUGUAGAAACGUCAGAUUAUUCUCUUCCAGGGCUGCCCCACAAGAAGCCAAGAGGGCAGAAAUAUUUGGGGGUGGGAGAGCUCUGGGGGCAGAAAAACAGAUCAGCUUCACCCAGGGAAGAGGAUCAAUUGUAGAGUUGGAAGGGAGCUCCAUGAGACAUCUAGUCUAACCCUUUCCAAUGCAGGAAUGACAUACUGCUCAGUGGUUAGAGCACCUGCUUUCUGCAUGGAAAACGAUCCCAGGCUCAGUCCGCAGCAGCAAGCCCAGGUGGGGCAGGGGGGGUCUUCUGCCUCAAAUCCCAGAGAGCCACUGCUACCGGUCAGUGCAGACAAUUCUGAGCUAGAUGGAGCGAUGGCUCGACUUAGUACAAAGCAGCUUGUGAUGGUCCUAUAUAUGAGGCAAUCUGUUCUUUUCUUUUAAAAAAAAUCAUUAAAAAACAGCAACACUUUUCUUUGGUAUAGAAAUAAGUUCAGUGCAAAUGUUCAGGCCGGUGAAAUUCCUUCCCCCAACUUGCGUCACUGGCAACAUUUCGCUCUCCGACGCUUCUCGGUCAGGUAAAGGUCCCGCUCGUCGCUGUGGAUCCCUGAAAGAGGCAGAGCGAAAAAUCCUGGAAAACCUCAGCCUCUAUGAGCAAAACAAGUUUCUAGUCCUUGUGAAGGUACAGGCAAAAUGUGCAGGAUAAAAACAAAACAAAUGCACAAGCUCUAAGCUUUGCAACAAACCCUGAAAACUAACCCAUCUUUACCAAUUAUUUAAUAAAAAAUAAAAAAAUACCUGCCGAUGUGCAGUGCAAAUAAACUUUGCGGCAAAUCACACAAUUUUGCUUGGCUUGCAGAACUGUGGAUCGCUGGGAAGAGGCAGCCGUAACCUUGGCGACACGGAGCCCGCCCCCAUCCCAUUCUCAUUGGCUAAACUCUGCCUGUCACCAUCCAUCAGCAGAGUUGUGUAUUGAAAUACCACAAAACAGGGAAGCUUCCCAAGAAUCCUCAGUCUCUAUGAAGCAAACAAGUUUCUAGUCCUUAUGAAGAUGCAGUGAGAAACAUGGUGGGCCGUGCCAGAGAGGGGACUUGAGAGGUAUUGCUAUUAUCUUAAUGAUUAGCUUAUAGAUCUUUUCAGUUUUUUAUAUCCUGUCUGUGUUGUUUUGCUUUGUGUAAGCUGCCUUGAGUUCCUGCUUGGGGAAAAAGCAGGAUACAAAGAAAUACACUAAAAAUUAAAACAUUAUUAUUUAACAAGCUUAGAAGCUGCUUUAUAGCACGGAGCCCUCAAAGAUUAAAAAACAGCAGCAGCAGCACAGCACAGCAGCUCUAAAAACAGAAUAACUUCAAUGAACCAAAAAAAGCACAGCAGAAGCACCUCUACAAAUUAUAUUUGAGCACAGUAAAUUUUGCAAAUCUAAUUAUCAUUAGAUUUAUUUAUUUUCCCCUGGACUGCGGCUCAAGGCAGCUCAGACAAAUUAAAGCAAGGCAGACAAAAUGCAAAAACAGAACCAAAACAGAAUGAACCAAUCUAUUAAAACGCAGGGAACGAAAACAAGACGGGCAGUGCAAGGACUUUUGCAACAGUCGGUGGAGAUCUGCUCUGCUUGCAGAACUUUUGCUGGCGGAAGGAUGUGGCUUUUUCCCAGGGCAGAAUUUAUACCGAAAUUCUGCACCAUGCUUUGGGG